AUGAUCCUCGACGCAAAUGCCUGGACACUCGCAACUGAACCACAGCAGAUUCAGUGCACCGGAACGCCAGUCACAGGAACGAAACAAAUCACGGCACACGUCCUCGCGAAAAGACUUGACACUUUCGAGUGUGAACAACGAUACCUUGUGAUCACACUCGCUGGAGAUGAGCGAUACGAUCGCGCAACCCAACAGGUGAUCGAUAUCCACGUAGAAAACAUUGAGGCAGAAUAUCUUCUUUCCGAUCGCAACGACUUAACAGGCAAGCUGGUGAACUCUGUGAAAGAAGCAUUCCGAGGAAAGGAUGUUUAUCCAUACGUUUAUUGCAUUCAGCCAGGCAAGAUGGACAAGUACUGCUUUUCAGUUGAUAGAAAAAUCAUAGAAAACAAGAACAAAUCUGCUCUCUCCAAAUAUAUUUCAUUUCGACGCAAGCCUAAAGAAAAACUUCCUGCACUUAUCAAGCCCGACGGGUUUGGUGUGGACUUUGAUGCCGAUAAGGCGGAAUGCUUCGCUGAUUUUUUUGAAAGCAUCUCUACCUCUAAUAAUAUCAAUGCUAGUGUCGAUUUGAUGGGGGAUUAUCCAGAUUUGAUGGGGGAUUAUCCACAAAUGGAAGACCCCAACUGGCUCGAAGAGCAGGAGAUCUUUGGCAUUUUAUAUGACUGGAAAACCAGCUCGUCCUUCACCCCGGAUGAUGAUGCCGCUCCUUUCAUGUUCGGGUCUUUGAGAUCGGAGACGGAUCUUGCAUUGAUUCAAAAAGCCAUCGAUGCGGUCUUAGGGAAAGAUCAGGUCUGCAACAGCUAUCACAUGGGCGACGUCGAGCUCAGGAGAACUGGUUGCGUCACGGACUAG